AUUAUUUGGUUUAAUUAUUUGAUUUACCAUAUCAGUACAGUAAUUAAUUUAAUAUAAAAAUACACUUUAUAAAAAACUUAUGUAUAACCUCAAAUAUGAGAACCUUUUUGAGUUCGACUUCAGUUCGAACGUUACCGAGUACUAUUAUUAAGAGAUAUUCCCUUACCAUUCAAAAUUCCAAAUCGUAUCUUAUUUGCCCCAUUCUUUCACGCAAUUAUUCAUUACAAAUUGAAACCGAUAAACCAAAAACUUUUUCCAACCAGCAUAUUAUCCCCCGUCUUCCUAUUCCAACUCUACAGGAAACCACUGAACGUUAUAAAAAAAGCUUGUUACCAAUUCUUAAGCCUGAAGAAUAUACCCGUGCUGCUAAUGCAGUCGAUGAAUUUGUUAAAGCUGACGGUCUUGGUGAAGUUCUCCAGAAAAGACUGCAUGAAUUAGAUAAAAUAGAAAAGUAUAGUUGGCUCGAAAAUAUUUGGUUGAAUAAAGCUUAUCUUGAAUGGCGUGAACCUAGCAUUAUAAACGUAAAUUGGUGGUGCGAAUUCAAAGAUCAUCCUAAUGGGGUUCUUAAACAAGUGCCAAAGGGUCAAAUAACAGAUUUUCAGAUCAACAGAACGGCUGGCCUUAUUUCCAAUACAUUAAGUUUUAAUGACGAAAUUAACAAUGAAUUAUUACCUCCGGAGUCUACUCGUCAAGGACCUCUAUGCAUGAACCAAUAUAAAAAACAAUUUGGCACAACUCGAAUUGCUGAUUCUCCAGUUGACCGAGUUAUUUCUCCUUGGCCGGCAACUGCUAAACAUAUAAUUGUCUUAUUUAGGGAUCAAAUUUUUAAAGUUCAAGUUUUAGGCGAAGGAGGAGCAAGAGUUACUAUCAAGGAUAUUGAAAGACAACUUAAGUCAAUCGUUGAACAAAUCAAUAAUACCAAUGAAUUACAACUUCCUAUUGGUUUACUUACUGGUGAACAUCGAGACACUUGGGCUACGGCACGCAAAGCUCUCGAAUCUCAAUCAUCAGAAAAUCGGUCUAAUUUUGAGGCAAUUGAUACGGCAUUGUUUAGCCUUUCAUUAGAUGACUAUUCAACCGAUAGUGAUAUUGACGUAUCUCAUCACAAUCUUUUCCAUGCAUUUAAUGGUCGUAAUCGAUGGUUUGACAAAUGUCUUCAAUUAAUUGUACAGAGUAAUGGUCGUGCUGGAGUUAACGGCGAGCAUUCUCCUGCCGAUGCAGUUAUUCCUGGACGUAUCUUUGAUUAUAUUGUAUCAAAGGAACCAGCACAGGACCCACCAAAUAGUUCUUCAAUUCCACUUCCAACCCCUCAACAUCUCAAAUGGGUUACUUAUCCUUCAUUGGAAACUAUUCUCGAAAAAGCACAAUCUAAUAUUCAAGCAGCUAAUGAUAAUGUUGAUAGUGUUUUAUUACACUAUAAUGAAUACGGAUCGAAUUGGCUUAAAAGUGCUAAAUUAAGUCCGGACGCAUUUAUCCAAAUGGCGUUGCAACUUGCUUAUUAUCGCCGGCAGGGGGGACCAUGUCCUACUUAUGAAUCAGCGUCAACCAGAGGAUUUUUACAUGGACGUACAGAAACAGUGAGGUCUUGUUCAAUUGAUAGUGUAGCUUUUACAAAAGCUUUCGAUGAUAAAGAUUUCAAGAAAGAACAAAAGCUUGCUUUAUUAACAAAGGCAAUUGAAACACAUCUUGAAUAUAUGAUUUCGGCUACAAAUGGUAAAGGCGUGGAUCGACAUUUAUUAGGACUGAGAUGUCAAAUUCAGACCGAAGAAGAAAAAUCACGUGCGUUAAUCUUUACAGAUCCUUCAUACAUUCAAUCGAUGUAUUUUAAACUCUCAUCAUCUAAUCUAAGUCCGGGGGAUUAUUUUUAUGGUGGAUUUGGAGCCGUCGUUCCUGAAGGUUACGGAGUUAAUUAUGCUAUUGGGAAAGAGGGAAUAAAAUUUAGUAUUAGUAGUUAUAAAAAAUAUAGCGAGACAGAUAGUACAUCUUUUAGAAAAAUAUUAAAGAAUUCUCUCGAUGAUCUUAGAGAUUUUGUGGCUUAAAUUUUUCCAUGUCAAGGUGGUAUCAUGUCAAGGUGGUGAUACUUUUAUAAUUUGACUGAAAUUUUCUCGAAUCAAAUAUAGGAAUAUAUAUAUACAAGUUUUCGUAAUUCGAUUACGAUUAUUGAAAAGAAUAGAAAAUUAAUCAUAAUAAAUAAAAAAUCGGGAAUUUUAAUUUAAUUUUAUUAUUUUUUAUUAUUAUUAUUGUUGUUG